GAUGAGCCCAAUGAUCAACUAGACCAAUCUACACAGGGUCAGCCUCAGGUUCCUUCACGAUCCACUGGGAGGUCGGCACCAGAUCCAGAGGGGUCUACUGCUUCAACACAGCAUCGAGCUAUACCUCCACCUCCACCGCCACCACCUAUUACCCCAUCUUCUGAGCCUGCAAUUGGAUCAACCUCUGGUCAUGAAGGUCAUUCAGUUGGGGCAGCACCAAUAUCAUCGAUGGAUGGCCUAUCACUCACUACAUUUGGAAGAAAGAAAAGAAUAAAGCUCAUUAAUGGCACGUUACAUCCAUCUGAGGAAUGUGCUAAGAAGAUGAAGAAUAUCUUCAAGGAGAGGAUGGACCCAGAGGGGCACUGUUGGAAAACUAUCACGCCUGAAACAAAAGAGUUUUACUGGGAUGAAUUUCAAGUAAUAAAAUAAAUAUUUAAAUAUUAGCUAUCAGAUAACUAAUUUGCAUAGUUUAUGAAACCUCAAAAAAGAAUGUUAUGAACAAAUAUCAUUUAAGUGAUGAGAAUUUGUGAAUUAAUGUAAAAGAACACAAUUGAAGUAUAUUAAUGCUUAAAUGAUCUAUAUGUACAGCUUGUGUGAUAUUGAAAAUAUAUAUUGUUGUGAGUUGUUGUAGUUGGGGUGGAUGUUAUUUAUUGUUGAGAAUAUAUGAAGUGUUUUUAACAGGUGCAAUUAAUACCUAAUAACUAGGUUGGAUUGUCCAAAAUUUAGGGGAAAUGCUGUCAAUUUUUUUCUAAAAUAUUAUCAUACUAAUACAACUGUCUUAAUUUUUAUUUGUUUUACAAUAUAAAUACUUUGACUAGCAAAAGGUGACUCCACUCGUAAAGGAAGUUUAGAGGCGUAAGGCUGCAAAGCGUUACAAGGCACUAAUGUGCAAUGUCAGAAAAGGAAUAUUCAACGUCAUCGUGCCUAAUAGUACAAUACAAAAAUAGAAGGAGGCAUGGAGUAGCUCAGAGUUCAAAGCCAAGAGCCAUCAAUUCACUGCUAACCGUUGUAGUGAGAUAGGGGGAGUUGGGGCAGGCAUCUCUAGACACACAGGGGGUUCAGUUUCACAUGCUACUCACGCAGAUAGAAUGGAAGCCCAGCUUGGCCGAAGACCUUUUCCUUAUGAACUUUUCCAUAAGACCCACACUAGGAAAGGCACCUCCGAUAUGGUUGAUUCACGAGCGCAAUCAAUUAAGGAUGCAUUUUUGGCGCUUAAGGAGCAGUCGUCUCAACCACAAGAGGGGUGCAGUGACCCUCCUAUUGUAGAUGAGGUCGCACUAUAUUAUCAAGUUGUGGGGGGGGAGAAGAAGAACAGGGUUUAUGGCAUUGGAUCUCAAGCAUCAAUUUUUUACCCUAGCUCAUCACAUGGAUCAUCUUCUACUGCAUCCUAUUGUGCUCGAUCGGAGGCAAUGCAGGAAGAGAUUCAACAAUUGCAUCAGACUAUUGCAACGCUCAAGGAUAGUUUGGUUGCAAUGGAGGAGAGAGAUCGACAACGCGAGUUGAUGCUAGAGGAGAGAUAUAGACAACGUGAGCAGACAUUGGAGGAGCGCAUGCAACAAAUGAUGCAAAACAUGAUGUCACAAAUGAUGCAGGGUACGCAGUUUACAGCCCCAACUCCACAUGCGACUCAUCAAGAUGAUGGUAGAGAGGCUGAUAGUGGUGAUGAGUGAUUAUCUUGUUGAUGACAAGUAGCUUGUUUUUUUGUUAUUAUGAUAUUUUAUUUUUCCAUACAGUAUAUUAUUGUCAUAACCCUUCACUGUCAUAUUUAUAUAUAAUAUUGACUGAUAUUUGAUA